CUAACGUCGUGAACGAUGUUAGACAUUCAGUGAUGUGUGAUUUCCCAUGACCUUAACUUUUUUUUUAGAAGCACCACUACUUCACGGACACGAUCACUUAGAGAGAAGAAUCGUGACACAGCAGAUGUUUGAUGGCCUGCUCGUCAUGAGACCACAUUCCUUCCAGUUCUGCACAAACCGAAAUAAGUGAUUAGCUGCCUGCUUUUAGUCCGAGGAAUUAUUAAGUUUGAACGUAUGGCUUAAGGAGUUUUAACAUUA